CCCACACCCAGUCCCACACACACACCCAGCCCCACACACACACCCAGCCCCCCACACUGCCCCACACACAGCCAGCCCCCCACACCCAGUGCCACACACACGCCCAGCCCCCCCCACACAGCUAGCCCCCCCACCCAGCCCCCACACACACCCAGCCCCGCCACACCCAGCUCCCCCACACCAAGCCCCCCACAGACACCCAGUCCCACACACACACCCAGCCGCCCCACAACCAGCCCCACACACACACCCACUGCCCAGAUCACGGCCACAGCGGGAGGGAGCCAGCGUCGUGGCUUUAUGCGGCGGAGCAAGUUGAGGCUCCCGAGGGACUUGCCAGAGAGCACAGGGGAAUGA